GCCACACUGAACCCGAUCCCUGACGGAGAGCAGGAGUGUUAUCCCGGCGGACAGUUGCGGCAGCCUUCUGGCUCGGAUAUUUGUCAUUGUCUGGAUUUCUAUAUCACAGAGAAAUUCCGGGAUGCCUUCGAGUAAAAACGUCCAAGGAGGGAAAGCCUUUGGGCUUUUGAAGGAGCAGCAGAGGCAAAAACUGGAGGAGAUAAACAAGGAAUACAUGGAAGACCAGAAAUACAGGGAUGAAGAGGACCUGCCUGACAAAUUGGAAAGCCUGAAAAAUAAGUAUGCUGAGUUUGACCUGAACGACCAAGGAGAGAUCGAUCUGAUGGGUCUGAAGCGGAUGAUGGAGAAGCUGGGCGUGCCUAAGACCCACCUGGAGUUGAAAAAAAUGAUCGUCGAGGUGACCGGCGGAAGCAGCAACACCAUAAACUACAGGGACUUUGUCAAGAUGAUGCUCGGCAAGCGCUCAGCUGUGCUCAAACUAGUCUUGAUCUUUGAGGACAAAGCCAACGGCUCUCCCUGCAAACCAGAAGGACCUCCUCCAAAGCGGGACAUUGCUAGCCUGCCUUAAAGAUUCGACAUGAGCAUUCGGAGCAGAGGGACCACCUGUGGUUAUAAAAACGAGUCGUUCUCUUAACAUAUUGAGUGUCGUAUUAGUGCGGGACCAGUGAUAAAGGAUGUUAUUUUGUGAUACACAAGGUGUCUGUUAUUUGGAAGACGGAGCCCACAACUCACUAAAUGAUGUUUGACUGUGAAUAUUAUAAUUCAUGUUUUUAUUUCCUUAAUUCCAAUGUAGCAUUGAUAGGUGUUCAUGUAAGCCGCUUGACAAGUUUAAGUGUUUAAUGGUCAUAUUAUGAAGGGAAGACUCAAUUCUCCAGAGUUCUUUUUUAUUCUUUUGUUUCAUUUUGGGACGCAUUAAUUUUAACCAUGUGAGUGUAGGAUGCUUUGAGGUUUCCAACAUUUUUUGCACUGUCCUCAGUGGUCCCAGAUGGAUUUCCGCAAGGUUAAACUCGGUCAGCUUCAGAUAUGGCGCCAGAGAUUAAAGGCCCAGCCCUUUUCCUUUGGGCCAAAGUCUUCAACCCUUUCGGAGCAGGAUCUGGAAUCAGUAACUAGGUUAUCACAGCCACAGCACGGUCUGAUAAUGUAGACGACUGAUGUUAGAAAUAGAAGCGUAAAAGAUCGUGUCAUCUUGGGACCUUUAGUUGAAGUAUGGGGCUUAAGGGAGAGCAUAUUGGGCGUAGUUUUUAGAUCUAUAAGGUGAAGCACAUGUUAGUUCUGGAAGGAGUGUGAUUUACAGGCACACACGUAUUAACAAAUGUACAUAAAUACUAAACACAGUACAAUCAUGUUCUUUCCAAGUGCCUCAACAUGCAGAUACUGUAGAGCUUAUCACGCAGUUUGGAAAAAAGAGGGAGUGCAAGGUCUUAGCUCACGUAAUUCAGAAAAAUGCUUGUGAUUUUGGCGAGAUAAUGUGUUUUUAAUUGUCUUUUGAUGCGUUUCCACGAAAUUCUGAGUGUGUGACAUUCAUAAGCGGUGGCUUUUUUUAAUCGUUUUUCCCUUUUCUUACCAUUAUUUUAUACUCACAGUGUGCGUUUAACCUCUUCCUAGGCUACCCAUUAAUUGUUCAUAUUUGUGUCAUUAAUUUCCAGGUUGUUUUGGGUUCCUCUUUCUGCCCUAUAAUUUUUAUUCCACUCUGUUUAACCAGGUUCAUCGUCCUGUGAAUUCUGUAUUUGUGCCUCUGUUCUGCAUUGUAGAUUUUUUUUCCUCCAAGUCGCACUAUUUACUGUGAAUAUGGUACUCCGGUAGUUUUUAACCCACUUCAGAUGUUUUUGUUUUUAGGUAUAUUAAUGUUGUUAAGGUGCACAUUGUUUGCAGACACCAAAGGAAUUAAAUUUCUUUUACACUG